AUGGCUCCAUUACCAAUCAAGUUUACGGAGCUUCUCCAGUUAACAAGUGUCGGGGUUGAGACACUGGAGUCAGAUUCCUACAUCUGCGUACGAGAAAAGAAGAAUGAAGCUGCACAACCAGAAGUCGUCAUCGUUGAUCUAAAGCAGAACAAUGCUGUCACUCGAAGACCUAUUAAGGCGGAUAGUGCCAUUAUGCACUGGUCGAAACAAGUCAUCGCAUUAAAGGCACAAUCAAGGACCUUACAGAUAUUCGACCUGGGCGCCAAGGCAAAGCUGAAGUCUGCUACCAUGAAUGAAGAUGUUGUCUUCUGGAAAUGGUUCAGUGAGACAAGCUUGGGAUUGGUUACUGAUACAACAGUUUACCACUGGGAUGUAUUUGACCCAAAUCAGGCAUCCCCGGUAGAGGUCUUCAAGAGAAAUCCAAACCUUGCUGGAUGCCAAAUUAUCAACUAUCGUGUUAGCGGCGAUGGAAAGUGGAUGGUAGUCGUAGGCAUUACACAACAACAAGGACGAGUGGUAGGAGCGAUGCAACUUUAUUCAAAAGACAGAGGUAUCAGUCAGGCUAUCGAAGGUCACGCGGCAGCAUUUGGUACAUUACGAUUGGAAUCGGCCCCAGCAGAUACAAAGGUAUUCACAUUUUCGGUUCGGACUGCUACUGGCGCAAAGCUACACAUAGUUGAGGUCGACCACCAAGCUUCAAACCCAACAUUCUCGAAGAAGGCAGUCGAUGUAUACUUCCCUGCUGAAGCCGUGAACGAUUUCCCAGUUGCAAUGCAAGUUUCACAAAAAUACAGCAUUAUUUACUUGGUUACCAAAUACGGCUUUAUUCACCUUUACGAUCUUGAGACUGGUACAUGCAUUUUCAUGAACCGUAUCUCGAGCGAGACGAUUUUCAUCACAGCUGGCGAUUCGGAGUCUGCGGGACUUGUUGGUGUUAACCGAAGAGGACAAGUAUUGUCGGUAUCUGUUGAUGAAACGACAAUUAUUCCAUACCUCCUCCAAAAUCCUGCAAACUCUGGUUUAGCCGUUAAGCUUGCUUCAAGAGCUGGUCUACCUGGUGCGGACAACCUCUAUGCCAACCAAUUCGAGCAACUUUUGGCUGCAGGAAACUACUCUGAGGCAUCAAAGAUCGCUGCAAACUCUCCUCGCGGCUUCUUGCGAACCCCACAAACUAUCGAACGUCUUAAGAAUGUACCGGCUGUACCAGGCCAGCUAUCUGUCAUCUUGCAAUACUUUGGUGUAUUGCUUGACAAGGGAUCGCUGAAUAAACACGAGACUUUGGAGCUUGUACGACCUGUCUUGGCCCAGAACCGAAAGCAUCUCCUUGAAAAGUGGAUGAAGGAGAACAAGCUUGACUGUUCCGAAGAAUUAGGUGACAUUGUCCGUCAACAAGAUACACAGCUUGCACUUGCUAUCUAUCUCAAGGCAAACGUUCCUCACAAAGUUGUUGCUGCUUUCGCAGAGAGUGGCCAAUUCGAGAAGAUCUUACCCUACGCCCAACAAGCAGGUUAUCAGCCAGACUAUGUCCAACUACUUCGCAACAUCAUCUCCAUCAACCCCGAAAAGGGAGCCGAGUUCGCUACACAGUUGGCAAACACCGAGGGUGGUUCACUUGUCGAUAUUGAGCGUGUUGUAGACGUAUUCCAGUCUCAAGGAAUGGUUCAGCCUGCUACGGGAUUCUUGCUUGAUGCAUUAAAGGAAAAUAAUCCAGAGCAAGGACACUUGCAAACUCGUCUUCUUGAAAUGAAUCUCAUGAACGCCCCUCAAGUUGCCGACGCCAUUCUUGGUAAUGAGAUGUUCUCACACUAUGAUAAGCCUAGAAUCGCACAGUUGUGUGAACAAGCUGGCCUUUCUCAAAGAGCUUUGGAGCAUUAUGAAGACCCUGAAGCCAUCAAACGCGUAAUUGUCAAUAUUGUUGCUUCACCAACUUUCAGUCAAGAAUGGCUCACUGGUUACUUUGGUCGCUUGUCCCUUGAGCAGUCAUUAGACUGUCUAGAUGCUAUGCUCAAGGUAAACAUUCGUCAAAACCUUGCGGCUGUUGUUCAAAUCGCCGUCAAAUACUCCGAUUUACUCGGUGCUGUCAGAUUGAUUGAUCUUUUCGAGAAGUACAAGACUGCCGAGGGUCUCUACCACUAUCUUGGUAGCAUUGUCAACUUGAGUGAAGAUCAAAACGUCGUGUUCAAAUAUAUUGAGAGCGCCGCCAAGAUGCAGCAAUUCAACGAGGUGGAACGUAUUUGCAGAGAUUCCAAUUUCUACAAUCCUGAACGCGUGAAGAACUUCUUAAAGGAAGCCAAAUUGACCGAGCAAUUGCCACUCAUCAUCGUCUGUGAUCGAUUCAACUUCACUCACGAGUUGGUACUCUACCUCUAUCAAAAUCAACAAUUUCAAUCUAUCGAGGUCUAUGUUCAGCGUGUGAACCCAGCCCGAACACCUGCUGUUGUUGGUGGUUUACUUGAUGUUGACUGUGAUGAGCAAAUUAUCAAGAACCUUUUGAACUCAGUCAAUCAUGCUUCCAUCCCUAUCGAUGAACUUGUUCAUGAGGUUGAAACACGAAACCGUCUUAAGCUUCUGUUGCCAUUCCUUGAGGCAACCUUGGCUGCAGGCAACCAGCAACAAGCAGUCGUAAACGCGAUGGCCAAGAUCUAUAUUGACAGUAACAACAACCCCGAAGCGUUCCUGAAAAAUCCUGCAAACAACUACGACACAUUGGUGGUUGGUUCAAGUUCGUAUUGUGCUUCGAGAGAUCCUGGACUCGCUAUUAUUUGUUUCAUGAAGGGACAGAACGAUCUCGAGCUUGUUAAUAUCACCAAUGAAAAUUCCAUGUACAAGGCUCAAGCUCGCUAUCUCUUGGAGAGAGCUGAUCGAGAGCUUUGGGAGUUUGUUCUCUCGGAAAAUAAUAUACACCGCCGAUCAGUCAUUGAUCAAAUUAUCUCUACAGCUGUUCCCGAAUCAACUGAACCCGAAAAGGUCUCUGUAGCAGUUGCGGCUUUCCUCAGUGCUGAUCUUCCGGGUGAACUAAUUGAGUUGCUCGAAAAGAUUGUCCUCGAGCCUUCGCCCUUCAGUGACAAUGAGAGCUUGCAAAAUCUUCUCAUUCUCACCGCUACUAAAGCUGAUAAGGGUCGAGUCAUGGAUUACAUCCACAAAUUAGACGCAUUCAACCCAGCGGAUGUAGCUUCUAUCUGUAUUGAAGUUGGCUUGUAUGAAGAAGCAUUCGAGGUUUACAAGAAGAUCAACGACCACACUAACGCUGCAAAUGUACUCGUUGAGCACAUUGUCAGUAUCGAUCGUGCGAACGAUUAUGCUGAGAAAGUGGAGCUUCCCGAAGUAUGGAGUAGGGUCGCCAAGGCUCAACUGGAUGGUCUACGUGUAAGCGAUGGUAUUGCCUCAUAUAUUCGCGCCGAUGAUCCAAGCAAUUACCUCGAAGUCAUUGAAAUUGCAACUCAUGCUGGAAAGGACGAGGACCUUAUCAAAUAUCUUCGUAUGGCCCGCAAGACUCUUCGUGAGCCUGCCAUUGACACUGCACUUGCUUUUGCAUAUGCUCGUACCGAUCAACUCAGCGAACUCGAGGACUUCCUCAGAGGAACCAAUGUCGCUGAUAUCGAAGAGUCAGGUGACAAGGCAUAUGCUGAAGGCUUCCACCAAGCCGCGAAGAUUUUCUUCACUAGUAUUUCAAACUGGGCCAAACUUGCCACCACCCUCGUUCAUCUAGAGGAAUACCAAUCUGCUGUGGAAUGUGCCCGAAAGGCCAACAAUAUCAAGGUCUGGAAGCAAGUUAACGCUGCUUGUGUUGAAAAGAAGGAAUUCCGCCUUGCCCAGAUUUGUGGUCUCAAUUUGAUUGUUGAUGCUGAGGAGUUACAAAACUUGGUCAAGCAAUACGAAGAUAAUGGUUACUUUGAUGAACUCAUUGCUCUGCUUGAGCAAGGUCUAGGUCUUGGUACGUUCUUUCCUCAAUUUCUAAUUACUCUUUCCUCCAUUGCCAGUUCUUUCCUUCUUACCCUCCGUCCUUUCCUUCCCCGACUCAAGAGAAGUCACAUGGCGAUGUUUACUUCAUUGGGCGUUGCCCUUUCCAAAUAUCACCCAGACCGCACAAUGGAGCACUUAAAGCUCUUCUGGAGCAGAAUCAAUAUUCCCAAGGUAAUUCGUGCUUGCGAGGAAGCUCACCUUUGGCCCGAGUUAAUUUUCUUGUACUGCCAUUAUGAUGAGUGGGACAAUGCCGCUCUUGCAAUGAUGGAGAGAGCUGCCGACGCAUGGGAGCAUCACUCAUUCAAGGAUAUCGUUGUCAAGGUAGCAAAUUUGGAGAUCUACUACCGCGCUCUAAACUUCUAUCUUCAAGAGCAACCAUCCCUCAUUACCGAUCUUCUUCAAGCACUCUCGCCAAGAAUCGACGUCAACCGUGUUGUCAAGAUGUUCGAAAAAUCUGACAACAUUCCUCUCAUCAAACCCUUCCUUCUUAACGUUCAGACUCAGAACAAGAAGAUUGUCAACAGUGCCAUCCAUGACUUGUUGAUUGAAGAGGAAGAUUACAAGACCCUUCGUGAUUCAGUCGAGAAUUACGAUAACUAUGAUGCCGUCGAGCUUGCUCAACGAUUAGAGCGUCACGAUUUAGUCUUCUUCCGUCAAAUUGCUUCCAACAUUUACCGCAAGAACAAGCGCUGGGAGAAAUCCAUUGCUCUUUCAAAACAAGAUAAGCUUUUCAAAGAUGCAAUUGAGACUGCUGCUAUUUCUGGCAAGGGAGACGUUGUUGAGGAGUUGCUUAGAUAUUUCGUUGAUAUCGGUAGCCGUGAAUGUUAUGUUGGUAUGCUCUAUGCUUGCUACGACCUCAUUCCUGUCCAUGUUGUCAUGGAAAUUUCAUGGCGUCAUGGUCUUACCGACUUUACUAUGCCAUUCAUGAUCAACUACUUGGCCCAACAAAGUUCUACAAUCGCUGAGCUGAAGAAGGAUAAUGAGGAAAGAAAGUUGAAAGAGAAGUCACAAGUUCAGGAAGAGGACAACACUCCAAUUCUUGGAGGUAAUCGUCUAAUGAUCACCGCUGGACCUACCGGACGUGCAUCCCCAGCCCAGUUCGGUCACACUAAUGGAUUCGCACCACAACCAACAGGUUUUGGAGGAUUUUAG